GAAGCACAGCCCCAAAGCAGCUGUCCCUCCCAGGGCUUUGGUGGGCUCGCCUGUGCGACUGCCCCUCUUCCCCCAAAAGCAGACACCUGUAGCCUUUUGUAAUGUCUGCUUUUAUGUAUAGAGAGAGAGGGCAAGGCUAGAUAAUGCCAUACCUGAAGGUGGAGAAAAAUUAAUUGCCAGAGGCAGUGCCCGCUGCUGGAGCUGCUCAGUGUUCUUGCUCCAUGUGGGGGCUGCUUUGCAUGAGGACGGUGCGUUCCUUGAGAAACAAAUAUUUGGAUGGCAAAAGGCAAUUUAAAACCUCACUCGAAUAACAAGGGAAGGGUCUGCCCACAAGUUCAGCAGUGGGGCGUCUGUUCUGCGUGCAGAAGAUACCCGAUUCGGUCCCCAGCCAAGGCUCUCCCAUCUCUGGGUCACUGCCCUUCAGAAGCAGGCAGGCAGAGAGAGCCCUUCCCCAGUCAAACGUGAGCGAUUUCCUUCCGAAACAAAUAUUUAAAACUUUCAGAAAGCAGAAUGCCAGUGAGAAGGCGGGGCAUUUCUCCGUGACGCUCUGGUUUUCUGGAUGCCGGGAGGGGGAGGCAAUGGAUGGAUUGGUUUGAUUAACUUGACGUAUGUAUCCCGCCCUGGAUGCACUGAUUUGGCCGGAUGUGGGCGCGGCUUUUGCUCCCUUGCCACAUGCGCCUGUGCACUGAGCGCCCCGGGCUGAGCACCGCUCCGAGCUGGCGCCCAUCGGCCUCCGCGCCCCUCCCGGGUAACUCUUGGGCGAGGGCCAGGCCUCGGGGAGAGACGCGGAGGCCGACAGGCCCCUCCCCUUCUUGCCUCUGCGGGAGGAAUGGCAGCAUCCAAUCACCGAGGAGUGCGGGGACAGAGAGGCAAUGACACCACCGUGCGGCAGACUGGCAGCCAAUUGGCCCAGUCGGGUUUGCUUUUCACCUCAGCUGCUCCGCCUGGCGACUGUCUGGGGCGGAGCAUCUGCCCGUGCCUCUAUGCAGCUUGGGAAAUGUAGUCCUCUGCCCUUCCCGCUCAGUAGACGGAAGCUUAACUCGGCCGGCGAGGGUGGCCCGUGCCCAGGGAUGAGCACUGCCUUCUCGGCCAUGCCGGCCUCCACGUAGCAUGGCUGCCGAGGGGACACUCUCGCUCUUCUCAGCUACGGGUGCAGGCAGAAAUCCAACAAGCUGCUGCUCUGUGGGGUAUGUGGAGCCAGCCGUCCAGAUAAGUCUGGCCGCCCACGCAAAGGGCAGGAGGCUCACCGGCUCCAGCCUUUGCCUCCAUUAUCUAGGGUACGAAGGUACACUGCCUCUGAACGUGGAGGAACCACUUUGCUACCGUGGCAGAGAGCGCUCCCUAAGCAUCCGGCCAUCACCACGUUGUGUGGCAGCAAUUCGGCAUCAGUAUGUGAAUAUUGAAAAGCAAAGAACACCCAUGAGAAAGGAAUGUGCAUCAUGGUCAGAGGCCUAUUUUAGAUGCCAAUGGGGGCCAGCUUUGUGCUUUCCCUGUGCAGGCUGAUUCAGUCACCUACUAAGUAAUUCUGCCAUAGUGCAGGAGUACCUCAGAGUCUGUUCCUGAGCAUCAUCAGGCACCAGCAACAAGGAAAGGGGGGUGUCCUGUGGGGCAUGUGAAUGUUUGGGAUAUCAGGCAGAGAGACCUGUGAAAUUCAAAAAGCUGCAAUCUGCUGUGGUGGCCCAAAGCCCAGGCAGCCAGCUUGCCCACGCCGAUGCUCAGGGGGCCCUUUGGGGUAGAAUGAGUACCACAAGGCCCAGUGUGGCCCCUUCCAGAUUGGGUGCCAGCCAGGGCAGGUCAACUGCCCUGUGGAAGCAGAGGGGUGAUGGCUGCAAGAAAAGGUGGUUUCUAAGAGCCAAUGAAACGCUGGGGCGGGGCACACUGGGCACCGGCCAGGUUGCUCUGUGGCCUGUGAAGAGCCAGCCUGCCUCUGUGCGCCCUCCUUGUACCUCCAACCCUUAUGGCCGGCACUGGAGAACACCUGAACCUCUUGUGAGACUCUUGGCAGACACUUGAGAGAGCCAGUGAACGGCACUGCAGCAGCAGAAAAGGUAGUUAGCACUGGCCUUGGGACCAGAGAAUGUCCAUCCGCAACUCAGCCGCAGUCCAGCGUAAGGGGCGGCAGUGCCAGCAACUGGGCCACAAUGAGGCUGGGCCUGUGGAUGACAGUCUCACCAACCUCCAGUGGCUCCAGGAGUUCUCCUUCCGGACUGCCAUCGCAGACAAGCCUUCCGCUUCUAGCCUGCUUGGCCCCCAGAGACUCCGGCAGGGCUCCGAUGCACCAGCCAGCCCACCCGCAGGAGACACGGCAGCUGCGGGGCCACGCAUGGGGACUCCCACCUCCUCCAGCACCAGUUCCCUGCAGCCCCUCACCUCGCCUCAGGAGAACACAGCCAACUACGUGACCAACGGGCAGGUGAAGCCUCCCUACUCCUAUGCCACCCUCAUCUGCAUGGCCAUGCAGGCCAACAAGGAGACCAAGCUGACGCUCUCUGCCAUUUACGCCUGGAUUGCCGAGAACUUUUGCUACUACCGCCAUGCAGAGCCCAGCUGGCAGAACUCCAUCCGGCACAACCUAUCCAUGAACAAGUGUUUCCAGAAGGUGCCACGGCAGAAAAAUGAGCCUGGCAAGGGGGGGUUUUGGCAGAUCAACCCCCAGUAUGCAGACAUGUUUGUCAACGGGAUAUUCCGGCGGAGGCGGAUGCCAGCAUCUCCCUGUGCAUCCGUUCAGUCGACACAGCCCUUGCUUUCUUCAAGCGCGGAGCUGGGCCAACAGCGCAGGCGGCGUCCUGCCCACCUGCAACAGGACCAGACCCCUCAGCUGUGGGUAGGGCAGCGUCACCUUGGUAAGCGCAAGCGGCAGUCAGGCCAGUGCACCAGCAGAGCCGCUUGGAUUGCCACCCCCUUGCCUUCAGCCCCUGUCGGUAGAGAGAUGGCUGCUCUGUCAGGGGAUCUCAGUUGGGCCUCGGUGUUGGAGGACACUUUUGGUGGCCCAGGUAGCAACUUUGAGGACUUGGAGCUAACGGCAGCCCUUGGCUCUCUGGCCACCGAGGAGGCGGCCCUGGCUUCCCAAAUCCACGACCAGCCUAUCAGUGCUCUGAGUGGAGAGGCCCCCUCCUGCCUUGCCACAGCCCUAACGGAUGAGUUGACUCUGUGCCCUGAGCCUGUGGCCCAGCCAUGGGAGGAAGGAGCAGCAGAGCCAACAUUGGGAUCCACCUGGGCCUUUGAGGAGAGCACAUGCUUUUCUGAGGGCUUCCUAGCUGAGAUACAGCCAUGGGAAGUGUGAACUCUGCGUCUCCUGAAAGGCAAGAGACGAUGCAACAGACCCUGCAACAAUUUGCACCAGUUUGGGUUUGCUGCUGACCUCUGCUGGGGGGGAGGGGGCAGCAGUCCUGGAGGGUCUCAGAAGUCGUCUUUGCCUUGCAAGUGGUGCUGGGGAGUGUCUGGCAGCAGGUUACAGGAGGCCUGUAUUCCCAAAUGUAAAAUGUGACAGAUUUUUAGCAGCCGUAGCUUUGCAGCUUUUUCUGAAACCAGCAAGUUUCUGGCCCUCCAAGCUACAAGAUUGUGCAACGUGGGCCUGCCAGAGGGCUGAGGGCAAGACUUGCCAUGGCAAAGGAGUGCUCCUCCCCUCCCAGGCGUUUCCUUCUUCACGUCCUGUCCACACAGAAGUCUCAAUAUCCUUUUUCCAAAUCAAUUUUUGCAGCAGAAUGUGUUGAGUAAAUUUAUACAAACAAUUUUGUCUGAGUGCAGUUUGUUUUGUUUCACUGAGCAGUCUCAAGUGCUCUAGUGAGCAGCCCCCAUCCCAGGAAAGGGGCUCUGGAAGCGCAUCCCAAACAGAGGCUGUAGCACCCCUGGCGACAACCCAGGCUGCCAGUGCCCUAAAACUGCCAAAGCAUUUUCCCCACCCUAAGAGUGUCCUCAGGUGUUCCACUGCGUGAGCCCGGCCAAAGCAGCACCAAGAGCUAUCAAGCCCCAUCAAAAGGCAAACUGGCCAACACCAUAGGUCUAGAGAGAGAUGCUGUCCCCUGAAGAGACAACCAGAGGACAUUCCUGUGCCACACACGUCAUGC